CUCUGCCUGGCUACCGAUCUCUCUGUCCAGCCCAUUUUUCACAAGCUACCGACUCACUGGGUUGCUGCAGAAGGAGUGGCUCUGAGCGAGGUUCCGAGUGCUCACCGGAAUUUCAGCCAGCGUUUUGCAUCUCCGCGGCAUUCCCCCACUCCCAGCGGUCUACACAAUUAUCAAUGGGACUGAGUUGGCAACUCUGACAGGAAAUACACACUUCGGUGCACCGUUAAGGACGCAGGGCGGUAAACAGCAUUCCUUAAGACCAGUGGGUGUUUGUCGUGCGCGGCAGGGAUGGGUACGGUGCUUUCCCUAUCUCCAACAUCACGGAAAGGAGCCGUUCAAGAUCAAACGAACGCGGCAAGUGGGAAGACGGAUAAAACCCUUAAGCGGCAUACAGAUUUAAUAUCAGCCCUCACAUGGAAGCGAUUCGUUUCGGCUUCGGCCAAGAAAAAGAGUACCAAGAAAGUUAGUCCGAACCCUCCGCCGUCACAGGCUAAAAACAACCAGGUCGAACACCUAAACAAAGAAAAUUUAAAGAAAUCUCAGCAUGCAACUUCAGACCAGAAAGGGUCGCAUCGGGAUCACAAGACAGUGCCGCUGGCGGUACCGGUUCCGACCGUUCCAGAAAAGAGCCUACAUCAAGACCAAACCCAGAAUCUGCCACAGAAUGGCAAACAGAUUGUAUCAGUCAAAAAGCUACUUAGCAGCCAGUCUCUGUUAUCUCCAAUACGCGUAGUUGUUCAAGCGUCAACCGGAGAGUUGUUGCGCUGUUUGGGGGAAUUCAUGUGCCGACGGUGCUUUAAAUUGAAAGAGCUGACUCCCAGUGAGAUUAUCCUGUGGUUUCGAAAUGUGGACCGAUCCCUCCUGAUGCAAGGCUGGCAGGAACAAGGAUUCAUUACACCUGCUACCCUUGUGUUUGUCUACAUGCUUUGCAGAGAAGCCGUAACCAGCGAGGUCGACAACGAAAAUGAACUUCAAGCCACCUUCCUGACCUGCCUCUACUUGGCUUACUCCUACAUGGGAAACGAGAUUUCUUACCCUCUGAAACCCUUUCUUGUGGAAGCUAACAAAGAGAUCUUCUGGGAGCGAUCCCUGGAAGUCAUUGAUAAAAUGAGCGCCAAAAUGCUGCAGAUCAAUUCGGAUCCGCAUUUCUUCACCGAGGUAUUUCAGGACCUCAAAAACGAGGGAGAAUCAGGGGACACGAAGAGCAAAGUGACACACAUCCUGGACCGCUAAGAAAACGAAAGGAAAUAGGAUAGACAUCUAAAUCUCCCCGCAUCCGUAUGUGAAGGGUGGGUGAUUGUGAAGCCCAGGUUACGGUAACAUGCACUAGAGCCGGUGGAACAAACCAGACUCGGGCCUUCCCCUUUUCCGAUAAGACAUGUAUCGUAUUGUUACUGUGUAAAAUAGAACCUCGUGCUACUGUGAAUCACAGUACAUUGGGGGACGGGGUAAGGGGCAAGUCAAUAAAUGCAUGCCUAAAGUAUUCUAAUUGUUCCUUAAUUGUGGCUUUAACUGACUGAGUGGUGGAGGGCAACCCUUGAGAAUUUAAAAUGUUAGCAUUGGAUGACAUAUUAGUACAUACGUGUUUAGGUAAUUUAUUUAUAUAUUUAUUUCAGUUUGUGGACUGAGAAGGUAAAGGACGAGCAGUAUUUUGUACGUGGCGCUAUCCAAGGUGCUGGCCUUCAACGGACACAUUGCACACGUAUUGUGUUGUUGAACCUUAUGCUGUCUAUUUGAACUUUGAAUGUAACGAUUUACGACGAAACAAUGUUACGUUAUCCUACGUGCCAACUGUUAUAGUAUAAAACGUAUUGUUUUAUAUUGUAUAUUGUAUAUUUAAAACAAAAUACAUCAUACUUGCAAACUA